CUUCCGCUUCCAGAACAUCCGAUAACUUGGUUCGUCCUGCAGCGCGGGUGCGGACACACUUCAGCAUCAUGCCGGAUUCGGCUUCUUGAGCUACGGACUUUAUGCCGUGCGAUUGGCUGGUGGUAGUCAACCGUUCGUAUAAUAACGAAAGGAUAUGUUGAAACUUGGAAAAAAAGAGACCAUCUAACUUCCUGUACACCUUCUUCAAGCCACAGCAUCAGGAAAAGAGUUUCAACCAGCUUUGAGCUACGGAUUACUACGAAUCGCACGCCAUGGUUGGUUUGAUGGCAAACAGAGCCCAAUUUGGGUUGAUCCUGCCCUCUACAAAUACAAGUGUUGAGGCCGAGUUCAAUGCCAUGUCUGUUCCCGGCGUCUCGUGGCACAGCGGUCGGAUCUUCGUAAAUAACCCCGAUCUCAGUUCUUCAGAAGCCAUGGAAGCUUUCCUGGUCGAUUUAAGGAAGGAGAUUCAGAGGGCCGUGGAAAGCGUAUGCCACGCAAAAGUCGACUAUCUCGUGAUGGGAAUGUCGGCAGAAACGUUCUGGGGGGGUGCCAACGGCGCGCAAGAGUUCAUCAAAUUCAUGUCCAAGUUGUCCAAUGGUCUUGGUGUGACCACUGGUGCCGACUCAUGCAAAGAAGUUAUGAAAGCAUAUGGCGCGAAGAGGAUAGGCAUCAUCACUCCAUACCAGCCCGUUGGCGAUCAACAGGUUAUCGACUUCUUCACACAAAUCGGCUGUGAAGUCGUCGCCCUACACGGCAUGAAGUGUGCAACGGCAACAUCGAUAUCGGAAGUGACGUCCGACGAGAUUAAGGCGGCUUUCCGCAAGGUCGACGGGCCCGACGUGGAUCUGCUUAUCCAGGCCGGAACAAAUCUUCUGGCAGCCAAAGCUGCUGCGGAAAUGGAGGUUGAGCUUGGAAAGCCCGUCAUCGCUAUCAACACUGCAACUGUGUGGCAUGCAUACAGAACAAAUGGCAUAAUGGAUAAGAUUAGUGGCUGGGGCUCACUGCUUGAGAAGCAUUAGACAAGAGUGUCGGGGUACAUCAAGAGACAGAUUAAAGCUAGCCUCAAGAAAGAUGGCUCCUCCCCAUGAAUAGUUUCGAAAGACUUCAAUACCAAAAUCUGAGUUUGUAUCAAUAGACGAGCUUAUGAAUUGUUGAUUUUUCAC